UGUCAGGUGAUCACGUAUAGCAGGAAGUCACUACUUGUAAACAGUAGAGAGAAGUUAGUAGUAAUGUUACGUUUACCUUUUAAUUGGUAACUUUUUCUUUAUUGCGUGAAAACGCGACAGGUCAUUGCCUAUUUAUGCACCUCUCCCUGUAAAGAAUUCAGCGGAAAAGGCCCAAACGUACCACUCAACUUCCUCUUUAACAGUGAGACCAACUAGUCCAUACAAGUGCCUUCAGAUCAGAUGUCCUCCUCCUCUACACCUCCUGUGCUCCUAAAUACAGGGGUUCAGAUGCCCCUCCUAGGUUUGGGGACUUACAAGUUGGUGGGUUCUGAAAAUGUGUACCGGGCUGUGGAUGCAGCGCUGGUUGCUGGUUAUCGGGCCUUUGACAGCGCAGCCGUCUACCGGAAUGAAGCUGAACUGGGCCGAGUCCUGAAGGAGCUCCUGCCCAAACAUGGCUUAACCAGAGAGGAUGUAUUCAUAACCAGUAAGCUGGGCCCCAAGGAUCAGGGUGAGCGAGCCAUGGAAGGAGCCCUCCGCAGCCUGUCUCAGCUGGACUUGAGUUACAUUGACCUUUACCUGAUCCACUGGCCUGGCACACAGGGCCUGGGAGUGGCUGACCAACACAACCCAGGCAACCGAGCUCAGAGUUGGGCCACACUGGAGGAGCUGCAUGUCCAGGGGAAGCUGAAGGCCAUAGGAGUGUCCAACUACACCCCGGCACACAUGAGAGCACUGAUGCAGAGCUGCACAAUCCCUCCUGCGGUGCUACAGGUAGAGUUUCACCCGAGGCUGUGCCAGACAGAGCUGAGGAGAGUGUGUGAGGAGCAUGGAGUGUGUUUCCAAGCGUACUCCUCCUUAGGGAAAGGAGAGCUGGUCACUGACCCUGUGGUCAUAGAGGUGGCAAAGAACUGUGAACGCACACCUGCACAGGUGCUGCUGCGCUGGGCUGUGCAGCAGGGCGUCCCGGUGCUGCCCAAGUCCUCAAGUCCAGACAGAAUAAAGGACAACGCCAGGCUUUUUGACUUCACACUGAGUGACACAGACAUGGGCAGACUGUCAGCUUUGGACUAUGGGCGCAAGUACUGCGUGGAUACAUCACAAGUGGUUUGAUUCACCACAUGUUGUCUUCCAUGACGCCUUCAGUUCUUCAGCUCUGACUUGUACUAAUGGGAAACCACGGCCACAAAAAGUGGGAAAUUGUAAUUAAGACACUUAUAAAAUACAUUGAAGAUUUAGGUAAAAGUACAUACUGAGAGUUCAAGUAACAUUUUGGAAAACGUUAGCAAAUAAGUUGUCCUGUUUUUAUUAUGACUCGAAUAGCAGGAAACACUGAGCGCCUUUUCAGGAAGUCAUUUGUUGCCUAAUGACCAAUUAUUUUUCCGAUGUUCCAUAUUCAAAGUAAUAUUGUGGCUUGUGUUCUAGCUUUCACAUUUGAAUUGUUUAUGAAAUACCGAAAAGUGUCUUUGUGCUGUAAAACUUUAAAGAAUCACACGAGAGACUCACUUUAAAACAACUCUUAAAAUGAUUUAUUCAAGACGGCAUAUACCAGAAGUUUCACAGCUGUAGAGAAAAUGUACAAAAGUCAUUAAAAAAUUAAAAGAAAUAAAAAAAGAAACAGAGGAAAUAUUGGGAUUAAAUGUUCUCCACACACAUCUCCAGAUUCAAGUAAUACCAAGGUUGCAGAGCUCCAGGUGCCCAGGCAGGUUUCCCUCUGUGGUGUGUUCACUGCCACAAAUGUU